UGCGAUUGUCUUUUGUGAGGGAAGGUUGUGCGUCGCUGCCUCUCCUCUGACGUGUGUACUCUUGUCGUUGCGUGUGCGUGGCGGCUUUAGCACUUCACGUACACACACUACUACUGCAUGUGCGUUUCCAUGCGAGGUGACGAGAUGCAGCGUGGAGAAGCUAUGGGGGAGAGCGAGGCAUGAGAGGACCUGUGUCUUGGCCUGCUUGAAGUGGAGGGAAUUAAUUGGUAAACAGGAGAAAGGAAGAAAGAAAGGUGAAGAACAGGAGGGUGGGUUGAUAGCAGAGGAGAAAGAAGGAAGGUAGAAAGAAUACUAGAAGAAAAGAAGAAAGAAUUGAUUAAAAAGCAAGGAAAAGAAGAAUAUAAGAAAAAUAGAGAAGGAAGAAAAGGAAAUUGAGAAAAAAAGGAAGAAGUGAAGUGGGUUACUCCUGGUGAGGCUUUACAAGUCUGCUGCUGUUUGUUCUUCAUUUUUGUUUCCUUUUGCUGGUCCUCGUUUCCAAAGUGUUGCCAAGUGACGGGUGUUGUUUUGGGUCAAGUGUCUCGUGUUGAUAGAAAACUCAUGAGCGUGUGUAGAACAACCGUGUGUGUUCCCGGCUAUUAGUGCACACACACACACACACACACACACACACACACACACACACACACACACACACACACACACGAGCAAUUUACAUACCUACAUGUGAACGCUUUUUUGAGAACCUUCUUAGAAUCUUAUGAAUUGAAAGGAAAACGUGAAAAGAAAAGUUUGAAUCACAAAUCUGAAGAAAGACAAAAGUGAAAAAAAAAAAAAAAUAAUUUGUGAAGAAAAAAGUAGAAAGAAAAGUUAUCCUUUAAUAGGUAAAAAAAAAAAAAGUUGAAUUGCUAGAAAAGUCUGAGAAAACAAGUAAAAAUCGUGAAUUACAAAAGAAACAACGUAUGAACCACACCAAAUGAAGUUCAAUAUAUAAUAAAAGGAAGAAAAUAUUGAAAAGCUAAAGAAUAAAUCAAGAAAAAGGAAAUUAAGACGAAGAAAAAGAGGAGAGAUGUCUUAAUUCAAAUUAAUGAACCGAAACUUUGAUAGAAGAAAAGAAGAAAGGAAGGAAGGAAGGAAAGAAGGAAGGAAAGGGACAAGAAUUUUCAUCACCUACUCAUCGUCUGACCGCAAAACUCUUCACCAUGUCUAAUAUUGUGGCCCAGCGCGUCAUGCAGAGCCCCGCCCAGGAACGCAGCAGAAUCACCCGCAGGAGGAGUGAACCAGCGCCCGCUCCGUCCUCCUCCUCCCCGGCAGCCUCGCCUUCCUCGCGCCGCCCAAGAGUCUUUUCCGGCCGCAGAAAGAUAACCCCGGGCCUGAUGCCACCGGGGUCGCCAGGAACUUACCGAAAAAAGUCGUCCUCGUUGGAGCUCCCGGCGGCUCUCCAGCAGCUGCCUCGAACACACCGCCCGAGUUUGUGUGACACCAAGAUGGCCGAAGACAAGCCCUGGCCCAACACCAAAGAAGAUUACGACCUGAGAGAAGUGAUUGGUAUUGGUGCUACCGCUGUGGUCCACUCAGCACUAUGCAUCCCACGGAACGAGAAAUGUGCCAUCAAAAGGAUAAACCUGGAGAAGUGGAAUACGAGUAUGGAUGAACUACUGAAAGAGAUUCAGGCCAUGUCGUUGUGUCACCACGAGAAUGUUGUCACGUACUACACGUCCUUUGUGGUGAAGGAGGAGCUGUGGCUGGUCUUGAAGCUGCUGGGAGGCGGCUCACUCCUUGACAUCAUCAAGCACAGGAUGAAGAGCACAGACUGCAAGCAUGGUGUAUUUGACGAGGCAGUCAUCGCCACAGCGCUUAGGGAGGUACUGAAGGGCCUUGAGUAUUUCCACAACAAUGGACAGAUUCACAGAGACAUCAAGGCCGGGAACAUCUUGCUGGGAGAGGACGGGGUAGUACAGAUUGCAGACUUCGGAGUCAGCGCCUGGCUGUCCACAGGUGGUGACCUCUCUCGCCAGAAGUCACGACACACCUUCGUUGGGACGCCUUGCUGGAUGGCCCCUGAAGUCAUGGAACAGGUGUCCGGCUAUGACUUCAAGGCAGACAUCUGGUCAUUUGGCAUCACAGCGAUAGAGAUGGUGACUGGCACAGCACCCUACCACAAGUACCCUCCCAUGAAGGUGUUGAUGCUCACCCUGCAGAAUGACCCACCCUCACUGGAGACUGGUGCUGAGGAAAAGGACCAGUACAAGGGAUAUGGCAAGGCCAUUCGCAAGAUGAUCGCUGACUGCCUGCAGAAGGACCCCACCAAGCGGCCUACAGCAUCAGAGCUCCUCAAACACCCCUUCUUCAGGAGAGCCAAGGACAAGAAGUACCUCCAGAGUGUGUUGCUGCAGGGCGGUCCGUCCAUAGAGGAGAGAGUGGCCAAGGAUGAGCCUUUCUUAAGACGGAGGUCCCGCAGCCGGCAACCUGGCACAUCGGGCCGGCUCCACAGAACACAAAGUGGUGACUGGGUAUGGUCCAGCGAUGAGGAGGAUGAAAAGGAUGCAGAUGAGACUGACAAAAUCUCCAUCAGCAGCAGUGAAAGCAGCAAUGAUAAACAGCAGCAGCAGCAACAGUCACAGUCACAGUCACAGUCCUCAACACAGUCUGAGUCCACUCAGUCCUCCACGCAUCAGCCUCAGGUAACACAGCAGCAGCAGCAGCAGCCCAAGACACAGGAGCAGCAGCCAUCUCUGCCACCACAGUCAGCCCCUCCAGCCACACAGACCAGUCCACUCACAGAGGCCACACCACAGCAGCAACAGCCACAGCCAGUACCAACACAGCCACAGCCAGUACCAACACAGCCACAGCCAGUACCAACACAGCAGCCAGUACCAGCACAGCAGCCUGUCCAAACUCAGCAGGAUGGAAUACCACCACAGUCAAUGUUGCUCCAGCAGCAGCCACAGCCUCCUCUUAGCUACCAGCCACAGGUCAUGCAACAGUUAGCAGGUGGUGUUGGUGGUGUUACCCCACAGUCAUACCCUAUCCAGUACCAGCAGCCUGUAGCACCACAGCAGGUCCUCCAGCACAUGGCCUCUGUCCCUCAACAGCACCCACAGCAGUUACCUCCUCAAGCAUAUCCACUCCAGCACCUCCCCCAGCAGCCUGUGGGAAUGAUGCCACAACAGGUGCCUGGCAUGGUGGCAGUGAGUGGCAUGGUGCCUGACAUGAUGAUGGCAGCUCCCAUGGCUCCUGUUGUGUCCACUGCCUUACCUCAGGGCAUGGCAUACCCUCAACCUGUCGCUGACCCCAACAUGGCCGUGCCCAUGGCCCAGGUGCCCCAGGGUGUGACGGAGGGCUAUGUGACUGCCCCCAUCCAGCAGGUCCCAGCGGAGAGUGACCCCAUCAACUUGGUGCUAAGGGUCAGAAACCAAAGGAGAGAACUCAACGAUAUUCGAUUUGAGUUCAGUGUGGGACGAGACACGUCUGAGGGUGUGGCGUCUGAACUGGUGGCUGCCGGACUGGUAGAUGGCAGAGACCUGGUGGUGAUUGCUGCCAACCUGGACAAGAUCACUCAGCACCCUGAACUUGGCCAAAACCUUACUUUUAGACUGAACUCUGACUGUGAACCCAACGAGACGCCCGAUGACAAGGCGUUAAUAGGGUUUGCUCAGCUGACCAUCUCAGACUGACGGGGGAGCGAGGUCCUCCACCCCCAGGGCUCUCCGGGCACCAGGAGGGCGUGAGGCACCGCUGCAGGAGGCUUGUGCCACCCCUGUGUGAUUUGUUAUGAUCAAAAGUGGAUGCUGGAAAUAAUCUUUUUACAUUGUCAGCUUUCUGUGUGUGUGUGUGUGUGUGUGUGUGUGUGUGUGUGUGUGUGUGUGUGUGAGACUCAGCACUGGGGUGAAGAAGGUAGUCAAGUGAGGGUGUGUUGUGGCAGAGUGUCCAGGCCAUAUCACCCAGCAGAGGCAAUAGUCACAGCCUCUUAGGUUGUUCUGCUACACAGGAACACCACUAGCCAUCAGGAGGACAACAUCAAAAUGCCUCACAUUAAAAUGACAAAUAUAAACUGAGGAUUUCCAGCAUUUAGUAUUUUUCAUAAUCUAGAUAUUUUGUUUUCUUUAGUGUAGGAUAAUGUUCAGUACCAAUGAAGAAUUUGUGUGUGUGUGUGUGUGUGUGUGUGUGUGUGUGUGUUUAUGCACA